AUGUUUAAGAGGUUUGAAGAUGAGUUGAUGGAAAGCAUUGGGUCGAAUUGUGUUAAAGGAGCAAGUGAUGAAUAUACUUCCAUAUAUCAGUUAAUUGAAGAUGGCCAUGCAAGAGUUUACUUUGUAACAUUUUCCCAUUCAAAUGGUAACAUCUCUUGUAGUUGUCAUAUGUUUGAGACUCUUGGAUUAUUAUGUCAUCACACUUUAUGGAUAUUUGUCAUGAAUAACGUAAAAGAGAUACCUAAAGCAUAUAUAAUGAAGAGAUGGACAAAAAGAGCAAAGCCAAUAUUCAUAAAUGAUUUCAAUGUUGGAACGGUGAAUGAAGAAAAAUCAACUCGCUUAUUGCAACUUAGUGAGUUGAACCAUAAUGGUUACAAUCUUUUUGAUAGAAGUUCUUUGAUUCCGAAAUGUACAAAAAUUGUUAAAGACAAAUUGAUCAAGGCAUUAGAACUAGUUGAGAAGGAAAAGGCAACCCUCAAAGAUGUCCAAGAAUUGGAAAAUGCUUCCCAAAAAACAACUCAAGAAGAUGUUGGUGAUGGUUCUAAUGAGGAUUUCAGAUAUUCAAUUCAUGAGAAGCUUGUGCUUGACCCUAUACAUAUCAAAACAAAAGGUUCAAAAGGCUCUCGAAUGAAAAGUCAAUUGGAGAAGUGUUAA